AUGUCCUCCAACGUUUCCUCCGCCGGCAUUACCACCGACGCCACAACUGGCGAGCGCUACAUCCCUUCUUCAGUGCGAGCAGAUGGCUCUAAACGUCGAGAAAUCCGCGUAAAACCCGGCUACAAGCCUCCAGAGGAUGUUGAGCUCUACAGAAACCGCGCAGCCGCAGCGUGGAAAACCCGUGGGAAAGGUGGGGUGCCAGGUGCGGAAAUCAUGAGCAGUGAAGACGACAAAGCUGCCCAGGCCGCCAGCACGACCGCUAGCAACAAAAACGCCAAGCGCCGAGAAGCUAGACGCAAGGCAAAGGAGACCGAGGGCUCUGAGCCUAUCACUGAGAAGAAGGGAGCCGACUCGGACAACUGGCGCGUGCCAGCUGCCAAGAAAGCGGAGCAGCCGGCACAAGACCCUGUCGAUAUCGAAGCUGAGAAGGAGAAGAAAGCUCGUAAUCUCAAGAAGAAGCUUCGACAGGCCCGAGACCUGCGCGACAAGAAGAAUGAGGGCGAAGUCCUCCUGCCCGAGCAGCUUGAUAAGCUCAUCAAGAUUCCUGAGCUGAUUCGUCAACUGGACGCGCUCGGGUUUGACUCUAAUGGCGACAAGAAGGAGAAUGAUUGCCUGGGGAAGGCCUGA